AUGUUGCGGUACUUGGCGCUUCUCUGCGUGUUGAUAUGGUCGACACAAGCUUCGAAAGUAGUUCCGAAGAUAGUAGGAGGAACGGAGGCUGCUGAAGGAGAGUUCCCAUACCUGGCUUCAUUGAGAGUUUACGAUUACCGAAAUACGCUGAUCCAUUUCUGUGGAAGCUCUAUAAUCUCCCAUUGGUUGGUGAUGACUGCAGCCCAUUGCAUGCUAGACUACCCCAUAGAUAGAAUAGAAGAAGUAGUCGGCACAAACGAUAUUUGGAGUGGCGAGGACACUCCAGGCGGACUCAAUUUGAUAAUAGCUGGAUUUGGAUAUAUUGACAAUUAUCGCACACGACCCAAAAGAAUGCAAAAGUUGACUGUGAAAUCACUAACAGUAAAAGAAUGUCAAGAGAGUAAACUUAAAAAGGAGGAAAGAUGGAACCCAAUCACUGAUAAACUGCUCUGCACUUACAAAGAUGUUCGCCAAGGCAUUUGUCAAGGUGAUUCUGGAGGCGCUCUUGUCCAUAAUGGUACUGUACAUGGAAUAACAUCCUGGAACAUUCCAUGUGGUAGAGGGGUGCCAGAUGUAUUCACCAGGGUUUAUAAGUACCUGGAUUGGAUUUCUACGACUAUUGGAAAACUUCCAAUACCUACUUAA